GACGUGACUGACUCCACUGCCCGCUCUCGUUUCACACCCUCUUUCACUCACUCUCACUCACGCGCAUUCCUUAGUUGUCUUUCCGUGAUAGAAACCUGUUCGUCCAGAUUCUGGUGCGAACUCUUCUCAGCAGCCUCAUCCUGCAUUUGUGUCCGUGUCGUGUUUUUUCCAUCUGAUCUAAUGAUGAAUCAUGGCUGGGAUGAACAAACGUCAGUGGUUCGGACUCCUCCUCGUCUACAUUCUAUACCUUCUCCUUGGCGGAGGAAUCUUUUGGUACAUGGAAUCCGAACACGAACGGGCACGGAUAAGGGAACAAGAGGAACUCCGUCUGGCCUUCAUAGAGCACUUCGUGAUGGACCUGCCCUGGGAAGACGAGAACAACACCGACGUUGUGGAGAAGUUGAACAUUUUGCGUCGGAUGUCAGAGGAGACGGGGAUCUCCGUCGUUCCCCCGGUCAUAUUCCACAACAGUACCAACGGCGAUAAUUCCAGUCUCCUUUUCUCUGAAUCUGAUAGUGCUCCCAAGUAUAAAUGGACUUUCUACAAUGGAUUCUUCUUCUCCUUCACCAUCGUCACUACCAUCGGAUAUGGACAUUUGUCACCGGUGACUCCAGAAGGCCGAGUUUUCUGCAUUUUCUACGCCCUCAUCGGGAUACCAUUAAACGGAAUCCUCUUGGCUGCUCUUGGAGAAUUCUUCGCGCAGAAACUUGUCGUACUUCAUCAUAGGGCUAAAGGAACCUCGGAGAGGUACAGUCGAUUGAGUUUGUGUGCCGACGUCUUACUCUAUCUUCUGCCGGGCUUUCUUGUCUUCAUUUUCCUUCCUGCCGGUUGCCUCGUCGUCUUGGAGGGAUGGAGUUUCAUCGAAGCCGUCUAUUUCGGCUUCAUCACCCUCACCACUAUCGGAUUAGGGGAUCUCGUCGCUGGAAAUCAGACGGCGGAUGGAUCCAUUUGGAUGUGGGUCUACAAGAUCAUGGUGGUGUGUUGGAUCAUCUUCGGGCUUGGCUAUCUGCUCAUGAUCCUCGGCUACAUCUCCAAAGCGUAUCGGUCGAAGAAGGUGCGCCGAAUGGAGAGGAAGAUCCGACGACGAUUGAGAGGGGCGAGCGAGAAAAUCGGUCGGGUCAGCCGGGAAGCCAAAGACAUCAAGCGCCUCGCCAAUGCCCUCAACCUCGUCGUUGUCAAGCCCAUAUACAACAAGAGGAGGACAAAGAAGUUGGAGAAUCAGAAAUUGGAGGUGGUGACCCGCGACGACACCGAAGUGGAAGUAUUGAAAGGGAGGAGACGAUACUCUAUCCUCCGUCGACGACGGAAAUCCGAUUCCGAAUUGGAAGACAUAGACAAGACGGAGACGUUCAAGGACGUUGCUAUGCCCAUGCACCCCAAUCGACCCAUGCGCCUGCUGAUCAAACUCGCCUCUGGACUUGCUCAGAAAGACUCACUGAAGGAAGAGACGGAAGAAGAGGUCCAGCUGGAAGAGACCCCUGAUCAGAUUCUUCAAAGGAACCUGUCUCAAAUUCUUCCCAAGAGCAUGUCUGAGACGUCGAUGAGAGACCGGAGUCCGAACCUAGCCAGACAGAAGAGUGCAAGGCAGCUCAGUCGGAUCACGUCGACGGCGGAGUUACAAAUCGAAGCCGUGACCAGAGAAUCCCGCGGCCGCGAUUCCGUGGAUGCCACUGGCUUUAGCGGCUUUGCCAAAGACCUGGAAACUGAUCCGGAACUACUGCAUCUCAUCGCCUCCCACCUGGCCGUGUCCAGAGAGAUGAGGGAGGAGGCCGAGGGGAGCCGGGCGUCUCUCCUCUAUCCGUUUCAAAGCCUGUGCGAUCUCCUGAACCCUAUCGAAUCUCCCGAGAGUACUCUGAUGGCGCAGCAGAGACCAGAACCACCUCGUCCGACCAUUCUCCCAGUCUCUAAGCCGUCCAUCCACACGAUGAAGGGAAUGAGGGCGACAAAGACGACGGCCACGCUCAAGGACCUCGUGGAGGCCGUGAAUCUCAUGGUGGAAGCAGAUUCUUCCGUGGCCCAGCGUGUCGAGGAAAAAGAUGAUCUCCCCAAGAUCUUCGUGGAGGACGAGAUGGGGAACGAAGUCCGACCUCGCUUAAAUUGGUACCUGUCCAAUCCAAAAGGAAGGAGCGUGUCUACGGUAGAAAACCAGGCAAAGACCAAUCGGUCUCAGAAAAUGGGGAUCGUGGCGACCCUCUUGGGUUGGGCCCAGGAUGAGGAAAGUGGUAGCAGCGAGGAUAUGCAUCCCGAAACCAGUCACAUCGUCUUACCCAUGCAUAAGCCUCAGUCGAAGUUGCCCUUGAACCGAAGCAUGAGCGAACCUCAUGGUCCGAGUGAAAAACGAAAUGCGUCGUGGAGAGUGUUCCUCGCCUCUCGGAUACGCCCAGACUCCACUCCCUGGAAAAACAAACGAUGUGAUACGGAUAUAGACCUGAAGAGGAGGAACCACUUACAACCGUGAAGCUUCCCGCCAAAAUAGAAAAGUCUGUCUAUGUCAGGUUGUUAAAUUAGGUCGGGACUUUUUUUUCCAUGUGCUCCCGAAUCUGUGAUUCUUGCUAUAACGCAACAGUAUUUCCAUGGCGUGCUUCCGAUUUUUCUUUCUGUUGCCUGUGACAAGAGGAAGGGGGAGAACCUUGUCUGUGAUCCGGCUUCUUGUUUCCAUGGACGAAAGUAAUAAAGAAAAUUAAAAACCGUCACAUUUGAACACCGCGAAAAUUCUCACUUGGAUACUUCAUCGCUCUGGGUGUUGUCAAUGUGUGGGGUGUUCCCAUUGCAGAUAUCACUCUUAUAUGUAAAUGAUCAUUGACGCAGCUCUCCUUUCCUUUCCGGGGAUCAGAUUUAAGUGG